AUGCAGUCUAGUAGUAGCAGAGUGCAGCCUAGUAUUAGCACGGUGCAGUUUUGUCGUAACACAAUGCAGCCUACUAAGAGCACAGUGCAGUCUAGUAGUAGAACAGUGCUGUUUAGUAGUAGUGCAGUGCAGCCUAGUAAUUGCCCAGUGCAGCCUAGUAGUAGCACAGUGCAGCGUAGUAGUAGCACAGUGCAGCCUAGUAGUAGCACAGUGCAGUUUAGCAGUAGCACAGUGCAGUUUAGUAGUGGCAUAAAGCAGCCUAAUAAUAGCACAGUGCAUCCUAGUAGUAGCACAGUGCAGUUUAGCAGUAGCACAGUGCAGUUUAGUAGUGGCACAGAGCAGCCUAAUAAUAUCACAGUGCAGCCUAGUAGUAGCACAAUGCAACCUAAUAGUAGCACAGUGCAGCCUAUCACUAGCACAGUGCAGUUUAGUAGUAGCACAGUGCAGCCUAGUAGUAGCAGAGGGCAGGCUAGUAGUAGCACAGUGCAGUUUAGCAGUAGCACAGUGCAGUUUAGUAGUGGCACAGAGCAGCCUAAUAAUAUCACAGUGCAGCCUAGUAGUAGCACAAUGCAACCUAAUAGUAGCACAGUGCAGCCUAUCACUAGCACAGUGCAGUUUAGUAGUAGCACAGUGCAGCCUAGUAGUAGCAGAGGGCAGGCUAGUAGUAGCACAGUGCAGUUUAAUAGUAGCACAAUGUAG